CAAAAAAAUAGAGAAUUUCGAACGAGGCUCCGAGAUCUCGAUUUAUCCGUUAAAUCUCAGGCGAGAUCUCGACCUUGAACCCGAUCCGAUCCGCAUAGAUCCGAAAUCACCAUGGCUCCCGUUUCGGCUCUCGCCAAGUACAAGCUCGUCUUCCUGGGGGACCAGUCCGUCGGUAAAACCAGCAUCAUCACUCGCUUCAUGUACGACAAGUUCGACAACACCUAUCAGGCUACCAUUGGCAUUGAUUUUCUGUCAAAGACAAUGUAUCUUGAAGAUCGAACUGUUCGGUUGCAGCUCUGGGAUACUGCUGGGCAGGAAAGGUUCAGGAGUCUCAUUCCUAGCUACAUCAGGGAUUCCUCUGUGGCUGUCAUUGUAUAUGAUGUUGCAAGCAGACAAUCAUUCCUAAACACUUCCAAGUGGAUUGAAGAGGUUCGCACUGAGCGGGGAAGUGAUGUUAUCAUUGUACUUGUUGGAAACAAAACAGAUCUUGUAGACAAAAGGCAAGUUUCCAUAGAGGAAGGAGAAGCCAAAGCUCGUGACCUCAAUGUUAUGUUUAUCGAGACCAGUGCCAAGGCUGGCUUCAAUAUCAAGGCACUGUUUCGGAAGAUUGCGGCAGCUUUACCAGGAAUGGAAACACUUUCUUCAACGAAGCAAGAGGACAUGGUUGAUGUGAACCUGAAGUCUUCGAACGCAAAUUCAUCACAGUCGCAGGCACAGUCAGGCGGAUGCGCUUGUUAAUUUUUACAUGGGUGUUAAACUGAAUUUUUUUUUUUUUUUGCCCCUUUCCUUAUAUGCUGCUUUGAUCCUGCUAUCUGUAAAGUUAGUUGCUAUCCGGGUUCCACCAUUUUGUAGCAUUUGGAGUUUUGUGUUUGAUUUAUUGUUAAGCAAGUGUACACUGUUUGGGUAAGCUUAGAAUAUCAGACUUUCAGGCUCUCAGUUUAAAGUAAUUAAAAGAAACAUUUACAUA